GCGAAGUGGAUACGAUUGACCACUUGUGUGCGCUUUCAGUAGGAGAGACGUGCUCUCGCCUGUGCGCGUUCUCGCAAUACUCGUUCAAGCGGAUGCAUUUUUAAUUUUUUUCCGAAAUAAGAAAAAAAAAAUUAUAUUAAUUCUGGUGGAUGAUUUAAUCGGUGUCGGAUUUUUAGAAUCGCCGAAAUGAGGACUAGUGCGUGUUUUGUGUUAUUGUUUUGGUGUUCAUUCUUACAAGGGGUACGAAGUAACUGGAUGUAUCUAGGAAUGGUUGGUGUGUCGGUGACGCCUCCUGAUAUGGCCAGCGAGCAGGUUUCGCUGUGUUCAACCGUACCAGGUUUGGUACAACAGCAGCAAAGGGUGUGCAAUGCUCAUCCGGCGGUAAUUCGUGCAGUCAGUGAUGGUGCUAGAAGAGGCAUCGAAGAAUGCCAAAAUCAGUUCCGGCAUGACAGAUGGAACUGCACCGUGGAAGGGGGAGAGAGUGUUUUUGACCACACACUGCAGAGAGGCAGCCGCGAGACGGCAUUCAUAUACGCCAUCACGAGUGCGGGCGCAACUCAUGCCGUGACUCAAGCAUGCAGCGCGGGAAACCUGACGGACUGCUCAUGCGACGCCUCCCGACAGGGCCAAAGCACGGCCGAAGGCUGGAAGUGGGGCGGAUGCUCGGACAAUGUCCGAUAUGGCAUGAUGUUCGCCAGGCAAUUUGUGGACGCCCCGGAGCGAGCAGAGCGGAAAAGGAGUCUCCGCACCCUCAUGAACCUUCACAACAACAAUGUCGGCAGGCUGGCCAUUGAGCGGCAGAUGGAGCUGAAGUGUCGUUGCCACGGGGUGUCGGGAUCUUGUGAGCUGAAGACUUGCUGGAACAAGCUGCCCUCUUUCGAACAAGUGGGUCGUUUCUUGAAGAUGAAAUACGACAACAGUAUCCAAGUGUCGCCCAAGGCCAAGAGGCGUCUUAGGCGGAGAGGCAAGGUGAAGCGAAAGGUACCGGUACAGAAAGAGGACUUGGUACACAUUCACCGGUCCCCCAACUUUUGCGUGGAAGACCCCAAGAGGGGAAUUUUGGGUACCAGUGGUAGGAGGUGCAACAGAACUACUUCUGGACCUCAAUCAUGCAAUCUGCUCUGCUGUGGACGAGGUUACAAUACACAGGUAAUUCGUAAGCUGGAGCGUUGCCAAUGCAAAUUCCACUGGUGCUGCUAUGUGAAAUGUAAGACAUGCGAGACAAUGGAAGAAAUUUACACCUGCAAGUGAUUGAUCGACACCUGUUACAUCUCAAUCUCACCGGCCGAGGUUGGUGGGCUAUCCCUCCGAGUAACAAACCUCCGAAACACACUGUGUCCUUUCCACCAGGUGGAAAGGGAAGACAGACAUACGUUCUUCCAAAAACCUAGUGUGAUCUUUUUCUUUCCGAGUGACCUGUACAGGAUGCCACAGACAGCAAUGACAUCAAAAUGCAAUGCUUUAUUGACGAACAUUCAACAAAAACAUUUUGUCUGAAGCUAAAACUGAAUCUUGUCGACUAGAAACUCGCUCGUAUAUCUGCGGAUCAGGGUUUGUUUUAUUAAGAAGCAGAAACGCGACUUUUAAGGCACUACAAUCAUCCGUUUUAUUUUGAAAGUGGAUGAUCUCAAUCAAGUGAAGAUUUUAUUGGAAUAGAACACUAAGGACUAGGGGAAAAUUAUGCCGGAAACAAGAGUUCUGUUUGAAAAUGUUAUUCAAAAUAUGAACAGCAGAUGAUAUAAAGCAACGGAAGAUUUUUAUCUUGAGAAAGUUAUGAUAUUCCUGUAAUUAGUUGUUGAAAAAAAAUCUUUUUUUUUCCAUCUGUAUGAAAAUUAGUAUCUUCGAAAUUUAUGAAGAUUCACAUUCUGUUUUCCUAUGGGGCACAUAUUCAGUUUACAUUUUAUGGAAAAAUGGAACAGUUAUUCCAUCAAGAUCCAGAUGGCUGUAGUACCUAAUGUUGGACAAAUAAUUUAUGAACAUUUGUACAUUUGUAGCAUGGAUAGAAAUAGUGAAUGGUAUUGAUCUUACAAGUUAUAAACACUUUCCUUUUAUAUGAAUUCUUAAUAAUGAAGAAUCGAACAUGUUCAGGCACGGCACACUUCUCACUGGAGCACUAACUCAUGCACAUCGUCUACAGUUGUAAAGACAAUAUCUUUUCCACUUUAUUUCAUGCAAAAGACUCCUCAAACAGCUGGCAAACAUUCAACAGUAAAAUGACAGACAAUGUAUUAGCCAAUGUUUGUUUACUAUGUAUGCAUUUAAUUUUUGCAGUCUGUUGCCUUCCUUCUGAAAAUUAUUUGACACUUGUUAUUUAAUAAUUAGAAAGCUAAUAGAAAUUUUAUGUUUUCUCUUAACUUGUUGUCCUGUAAUUGAAUAUCUUAAAUUCUUACUGAAAAUUUGUUUUUAAAUUGAGUAUUUUUUGAAGGUAUAUCAUCGUGUUUAACUGAUCUUUCAAAAAUAACUCGAUUUCGUUAAUAUAAUGUUACUAAUUUUUCCCACCCUCUAUUGACUAUAACAAAUUUCCAUGUUUCCGUUUUCACCCGAAGGAUAUUUUUGAGACGCAAAUAUAAGAAAAUUCUAUAAAUAAUGAAAUUCUGUUAAUUUUACUGGAUGUUUUUUUUUUUUGAAAAAAUAAAGUUACUUUCCCAUUUAACUUUGCUAAUCAGUAUUGAGGAAAGUAAUAAAAUCUCUAUCUGUAGAAUCAUGCCCCCAACAUUCUGUUUUACGAUCUCAUUUGGAAACCGACCUAUAAUUAAAGAAUACCUGGUUUAUAUUCAUCUUUUGUAACUCGAAAUUAUUAAUAUGGUAUAUAUUUUUGUGAUAAUUAUUCUUAAAAAGAUUGAAUAUAACUUAUUUAACCACCAAAAUCACGAAAUGACUCAUAAAAUUAAUUUUUACAUCUAUUUGGAUGUAUCUUUAUGUAUAUGCAUGAAUUAUUUCACUCAAAAUAUUUUAAUCCAUAAAUGAAAUUGGAAAAUUUGUUCUAUUAAAAAAAAGAUUUAAGAAUAGAAAAAGUAAGAAGCUCUGAGCUAAAUUAAUUUUAAACUAACAAAUUUUCUGGAAGCAGAUAACAUCGCAUUUUUUAUUCAGAAUACUUUGAAUUAUCAUUCUUGCGAACCAAAUUUAAGAAUUCUAGAAAUUUUCGUUUGUUAUUUUAUGUUAAAAUAGAAACAGCUGCUUGAAAUGCAAUCUCUUACUCUCUACGAAAUCUAAAUCUACGAAAUCUCUUAAAUCUACGAAACAGCAACUAAAAGAGCAACAGACUGCCAUUAAGUUUCUUUUCUAUGCACUUUCAUGACAUUAAAGCACCUGUAAAUAGAUUCCCAUUUUAGAUGGUUUUUCCUUCGGAUAUUUGGUAAGUCGCCAAUGUGAUACCGAUGCAUUUUGAACUGUCGAACAACUUUUUGUACAUUUUUUCUGUGUUUGUGUACGUAGAGAAUUCGUAACUGUGUGGAGUUUGUGGAUCUAGUCUAGUGUUGUUACCGUUUUUGUUUCAGUAUCAGCAUGCAUUCAGAUGGAUGUGCAAAUGUUUCAAAAUGGCUUGUGCACACGUUCAUCGUCUGUACCGUUCUGGAUCAUGACUCUUCUUAGUAUUCGACAUCUCUUGAACCACUAACAAUAUUAUUUCUCUCAAUAAAAAUUAAACUA